UUGUCGAUUGUCGAUGUAAAAAAAAACGGAUUUUUUAGGUUAGAGUUAAAAAGUACUCUGAAAAUAUUUAAUUUAAGCUUAAAACUCAAAUUAGUAAAAUAUCUUUCCAAUACAGUCCUAGUCCUUACCGAUUUUUAUUGAUUAACAAGAUGUUAUAUCUGGAUAACGUUUUGAAAUAAAUUAAAAUAUUUUAAUAGCUUUACAUGUAAACAAAUUACAUUGUUUAAAUAAAAGAAUACCUUUGAGAAUUUACAAUGCAGUGCAUUAAAUCAUUAAUUUCAAGUAUACGGCAGUACCAGGUGUCUCCUAUUCUUUAUAAGCGGGUAAUAUCUGUUGCAAAAUGGAAAACUCCUAUAAGAUUUUAUACUGCACAUGAUGACGACUCGGAAAUAAUUAAUGAAUUGUGCAAAGGUGAUUUAGAUUUAGAAAAAAAACUAAAAAUCUUAAUGUUGGAAGUGGAAGUAAUGCGUCAAGAUGGUCGUCCUGCACCAAGUUUACUGCAAAAACAUCACUGGGAACAUCUACUUACUCUUGCAAGCAGAAACCAAAGGUCCAGCUAUCUAUUAUAUCUAUGGAAAACAGAAAUUGCAAAACAAAAUGAAAAGGCAAAGAAAGAAGCAAGAAGAAAAGAGAUGGCAUUAAAAACUGACGAAGUAGUAGAGAAGGAGUUUCCAGAUGACCUUAUAUAUGGCAUCAAACAUCAAACUUUGUUUCUGCGAAUUCGUGAUCAGUCAAUUAACCAGUAUGAUAAUUAUAGGGCACUUCAAGCAAUGAUGUGGGGUCAACCAAUUGUUAUAGAUUGCUCUUAUGAACAGAACAUGGUUUGGCGCGAAGCUGUUAAUGCAGCCAAACAAAUGACCUUUGUAUUUGGUGAUAACAGAAUACAUAAAGAGCCAUUCAAUAUUCACAUGUGUAAUGUAGAUUUAGAGGGCCAUUUCAUGAAACAGUUACGUAAAAAUAUACCAUCAUUAGAAGAGCCAUGGUUUCCUCUAAAUAUUCACACUAAGAGUUAUUUAGAUAUUUUCCCGAAGCAAAAGCUGGUAUAUCUGACACCACACUGCAGGGAGGAACUGACAACAUUUGAUCAUGACACUGUUUAUAUUAUUGGAUGUAUGGUGGAUAAGAUAAACACAGAACCACUUUCACUAGCCAGAGCAAAACGAGAUGGAUUGAAGAUGGCGAAAUUACCCUUGGACAGGUACAUGGAGUGGGCGCCCGGCGCAACUAAAAGUUUGAACAUAAAUCACAUGGUCCCUAUUCUAUUGGAUUUAAAACUAUCAGGUGACUGGGAUCACGCGUUACGUCAUAUUCCAAGAAGAAAGCUCAUGGAAACAAAAAUAAUGGCCAUGCAAAAAAAGUUUAUGAACAGUCCCCUAGCCAAAGAAGAUACAUAUAAGAAAUUUAAUACAAUCAGAGACAAUAGAAUACAAGCAUUCAGGAAAAAGCGAGUGAAAUCCAAACAAUAUUUGUUUGAUGAUGAUAGUAUUUAAAUAAAAGUUCAAUUAUUA